GUGUGUCUCUGGAACGAACUCACAGCAUAAUUUAAAUUGACCAGAACAGUUCCUUGACAGAAGCAGCUGGAAGUUGGGCAAGGAAUUCCUUGGAGUUGGCCACGCAGAGGGAAUCCAUGGCUGUGCCAUUGGCUGUGAGCACUCCCUGACUGCCUCGGGGACAAAACCAACCAUGGACCUGCGGAACGUCCCCUACCGCUCCGACGUGCUCACCUGGGACCCAGAUGACUUAGCAGAAUAUUUCAGGACGCUAAAGUAUAAGGACUGUGAGAAGGUUGUGAGGAAGCACAGCAUAAAUGGACAAAGGUUUUUGAACAUGUCUGAAAAUGAUAUUCAGAAAUUUCCAAAGCUCAGAGUGCCAAUUUUAAGUAAAUUAAGCCAAGAAAUAAAUAAAAAUGAAGGGAGGCUUUCUUUUCUUCCAAAAUGGGCCCAAACACAAAAAUCUUCAGACAACACAGGGUACGCCCAGGAUGACGGCGGCUGGUCCUCGUUUGAUGAUGAUGAUGACUAUGAAAGCCCUGAUGAAGACCAGGAAAAGGAAGAUGAGGCUGACUAUGAAUCACCAACAGAGGAGCCUGAGGAAGCAGAACACGACAGUGAUGGCUACGAGCCACCUCCAUCCAAUAAUGAUGAAGCACAUCACAAUGUCAUAUUUCCUGCCAAGUCACUUCCAAGCAGCACAGAUUAUAUAGACAGACCUUCAACAACCAGAUCACCACAUCAGCCUCCACAUCAGCCUCCAGUACCACCCCAGCGACCUGGCCCAGCCUCUUUUGGGGGAAGAAGUGCUACUAUGCCAGCUUUCCCUCCUCCACCGAGCAACGACUUGAGUAGAGACAGAAACAUGAAGCCUUUGAAACCCCCAGCUCCUUCUAUAGACAGAAGCACAAAACCCUCUCUGGAUCGCCUUGCUCCCCCAUAUGAAAGAGAAAGCCCAGGAUCAGGGAAGAAGCCAGGCAUUCCUGAAAAGCCUCUGGUUUCACAACUAAGAUCCCUGGGAGAACAGUUAGCAAUGAUGCCAAAACCUCCUGUCCCACCAAGUGACAGAUAUGAAAGAGGCAAUCCACCUCCUCUAAGGAAACAAAGCCCUGGGAAGCAGACUUGGCCACCACACAAGAAAAAUGAAGAAGAAGAAGACACUGCCCUCCAAAGACCAGUGCCACAGCUGUCUUUGCCCCCAUACAGCUCCAAUGCAUUCCCACCCAAAUCUGUCAAGCCUCCACCUAAGCCAGGAUUCAACAGCAUUCCUGUUGCAGAAAGUGCUAGAAACCUGUCUUCAGCUGGCUCUCUGAAACCUCCACGUUUCCAUCCAGGCAGCAACAGCAGAUCUCCUUCAAGAGGCCCAGCUGACAUGAGACCUCCAUUGCCCAUUCCUAGCAGACAGACUGUUCACCAGACAAACACGCAGGAAGAUGAGCCCCAGGGCUCUCUGAAGGAGGAGUGGUACGUGGCUUUCCUCAGCCGGCCCGAGGCAGAGGCAGCGCUGCGCAGGAUAAACAAGGAUGGAACAUUCCUGGUGAGAGACAGCUCACGAAAAACUGUUACUCACCCAUAUGUACUGAUGGUGCUGUACAGAGAUAAAGUGUACAACAUCCAGAUCCGCUACCAGGAGCAGGACCACUUAUAUCUGUUAGGAACCAGCUUAAAAGGAAAAGAGGAAUUUUCUUCUGUAGCAGAUAUCAUUGACCACUUCCAAAGAACACCCCUUCUUCUGAUUGAUGGAAAAGACAGAGGCUCAAGAAACCAGUGCAUGUUAAAAUACGCUGCAGGACAUUUUUAAAUGAAACUUUAGAGAAGAUGACAUACGGUACUGAAGCCUACUGAAGUUCAUAAACUUCAAGAUAUUUCCCUUUUCAGCAAACUAAAAUCAUGAAGUCAUUAAAAUUCACAGUUUCAAAGAAAAAGUACUAUGUUAUUUUUAAAUUAUGCCUUAAAUACAGUACUCUAUGAAUAUAUUUUUCCUGCAAAGUGUUUACUACUGUCCAUUAAUCACACAGCACAUGAGAAUUUUUAUCUUCCAAGAUAUGUAUAUUCUCUUGAAAUUAUUUCCCCACCAA